AUGGAGACCGAAGAAAAGCUGAACUAUUUGCACACGGAGUUUCCCGUUGUUGCUAAAGAGGCGCUGUUGGAGCUUCUUGUGGCGUUUGAGGGGUCUGUUGAUCAGACCGUGAAGGUGCUAGAAGAGCAAUUCGACCGUAAAGCUAGUGGGACGUUCAAGACGGGGGCAAAUGUUAAGAAGCGGUCCAGACCCGAGCCAGUGGUUCCUGAACACAAAGAUAUCCCGGGAGUGUUGUCGUCACUUAUUGAAAAGGUCCCAGAAGCAAAGAAACAAAGAGUUUCGGUCAAUCAGAGCACCUUUAAUGUUCCCAAGACGAUAACGCGAGACUCUGUCAUACUCUACAAUAAGCAGGAAAUCGAGUCUAUUCCCUACCUGAAAUUCUACAAGAACUUCUUACCAGGAACUCUUGCCGAUGAGCUGCUGGAUGAGCUGCUAGCAAAGAAGGUGGUCUUCAGAGAUAAGCAUUUUUUCAUCGCUCAAAAUGAGUGUCACUCAAACCAUCAAUCAACAGUGUUUUACGAAAAACCCCCAGUUGUCGUCUACGAUUCAGGUUUCUAUAAUAACGGAGAAGAAAUGGAGCAGCCUUUCACUGGGAACAUCCGCACGGCUAAAUUUCUGAUUGAAGACGAGGUGAACGAAGUGCUGGCUACCAGAGAAAGACACCCACUGGAGAUCCAGUCCGACUGGUCGGCUUCUCUAUGUGUGGGAAAUUACUUUCAUUCCAAUAAAAACAACAUCGAUUGGCAUUCAGACAGACUCACCUCCAUAGGGCCUCUCCCUAUUAUUUGUUCUUUGAAUUUGGGUGCAACCAGAAUCUUUAGACUACGCAAACAAUAUGGGAAGCCAAUCACCUACAGUAUUCCAUUGCCUCAUAACUCGUUGCUAAUAAUGCUUCCAGGGACCCAGGAAGAGUUUAAGCACUGCGUUCCAUCGCUGACUGACUCUCUACAUGCUACACACCCGGUAGCUAAGGAGGCACGGAUAAACCUGACUCUCAGAAUGCAACGGCUAAACAUGCAACGGAACCUACCGAAAUGUCCUCUCUGCAAGUCUUCAAUGACACUUCGACGCAUGUUCAAAAAACCACAGUUGAGGGGCUACUAUUUCUGGCUUUGCAGUGGUGGCUACCGCACGGGAAAGGAGUGUUCUGGGUUCUAUUUCGCAAAUCUGCGCGACAUCGACAAACCGAAAUCCAAACUGUACACACGGAAAGUGUCUGAGGCGUCGCGCUGGCUGGCUCCCGACGACGAUGAGGCCAGAAACGCUGGAGAGUUCAAAAUGGAAGAUUUAGAAGACUCGGCUGUGCAGUGA